AUGUCUGCUAACAAUAGUAGUAGUAAUUCUUCCGUGACUUUAGAAAGAAAUGGUCCUACAUAUAGAAUUUCAUUUACACGUGCGCAAGCUGAUAUUUUAAUUCGAAAAUAUUUGAAUGAAACUAUAAUUUCAUUUGAAUGUAUUAAUACUGGUUAUAAUAAUUUAAUUUUUUUUAUUAAUACUCAAGAAAAUACUCAACAAUAUGUCAUUAAAAUUGGUGGUCGUUAUUGGAAUAAAAUUAAAACUGAAGCAGAAGUUAAAGCUUUAGAAUUACUUUCAAAACAUACUACAAUUCCUGUACCAAAAAUUCUUGCUUAUUCAUCAGAUCGAAAUAAUGAAUUUGGUGUUGAAUGGAUUUUAAUGACACGUUUAUCUGGACAAAAUAUGAGUAUUGUUUGUAAAACUCAAAAACUAAGUUUAAAUGCAAAAAAAUCAAUUAUUCGAGAUUUAGCUGAUUAUAUUUCUCAAAUGCAUUUUAAAAUACCACGUUUUGAUAAAAUUGGUGCACUAAUGAUCAAUGGACAAAUUGGUACUGAUCUCAAUCAAUUAGGACCUUGGUCAACUUAUGAACAGUUUAUUCAAACUCGUGUUCAGGCAGAAAAAAAGAUUCUUAAUGAAGAUAUUACUUUUUCAUCUGUUAAAGAUUCGAUGCUUGAUGCAAUUGAUCGAUUUGAAAAAAUUCAAUUACCAAUAUUCUCAAAUCUACCAUUUGUAUUUUCACAUGGUGAUUUAGAUUUUCAAAAUAUAUUAAUAUCAAUUAAUGAUCUUGAAUUACCUCGUAUUACAGGUAUUGUUGACUGGGAAUGGGCAGGUUCAUUUCCAUGUUCUGAAGAAUAUUUUACAUCGUAUAAUUAUUUUCUUGAUGAUGAUAAAGAAAUUCGAAUAUAUUUUCUCAAUGAAUUGGAAAAACGAAAUAUAUUAACACCACGAACAAUUGAACACUUUUCUUUGUUGGAAAAAAUAAACCAAUUUGUUACAAAUUUGGCACCAUGGGAUCUUACUGAUUUAGUGAAUCCAGAUUAUUUAAUUGUAAACAAAAGAUUAGAACAAAGUAGUUCUAUUGUUCUAUCAGCACUCAAUGAAUUAGAUAUAUGUACGAAAAAAGAGUAA